AUGGCAACGCCGGAUCAUUUUGGCCGCAUUCAUAAAAGUGCCUUCGUGGUAUCGACCGCUGUGCUCCUUGCCGUAGCCCUGGUUGGCGUGGUUAUCCGAUACGUUAUCCGCUUUCGAACGCCGAAGCGGCGGUUCCAACUUGACGAUGGGCUGCUCUUACUGGCAGUUAUCUUGCUGCUGACCAGCCUCAUUAUCAUGUACCACCACGUUGUGGACCCGAUGUUCUUGUUGGGCGCCUUGCAGAACAGGGUCCAGGGAGUCGAGUUGCCCGCCAACGUACUUCAAAUCUCCCAUGAUUUCCAUAAAUGGAACGUAGCAGCACUAAUGAUCAGCUGGUGCUCCAUCUGCGCCGUCAAGUUUUACUUCCUCAUCUUCUUCAAGAGGCUGAUAGAUCGCUUGCGCCUUUGGCAGCUUUACUGGUGGGUAGUCACCGUCUUCAACGUCGCCCUGUUGUUCUUUGGAGUGACGGUCUACUACAUCAGCUGCCCCUUUUGGGAUGCGCGAGAACUCCAAUGUUCUUCCGGGAGAUACAAGUUGGCGCUGAUCAGGGACUCGGCUGCGCAAAUCUCCCUGGACAUUGCAGCCGAUCUUCUCAUCCUAGUCAUCCCGAUCGGACUCAUCUGGAAGAUCCGAGUCCAGUGGACCCAGAAACUGGCAUUGAUGAGCUCCCUCUGCCUGACCUUCGUCCUGGUUGCCCUAUCUAUCACCCGGGUUGCCGGACUUGAGUACCAUGAUGUUGUGGACGCAGUAUGGGAAACCUACUGGCAAACUCUGAGCGCCGAGCUGGGCGUCUUCUUAGCUGCCGCCUCGACGUUCCGAUCCUUCUUCGUCAGCCAGAGGAAUAACAGAGCCUAUACUCCGCCUUCGUCAUUCGAUCGCUGGAUCAAGAGUUCGACCCUGAGAAGCUCGGACCGAAAGCAGCCUGACACCCUGCUCACUUCCUGGCCCGAUAACACAGCUUCCGCGGGCUUCGAGCAUCUGUCACAACAAGCUAACGGAGAUUCCAAACCCCAUGUAGAUUAUCAGGAAUGGCAUGCCAUGACGCGCGCGCACUCUUCCACUGGCCAGAGCUCUAAUGCAAUGCUUGACAAUGAGGCUGUUAAUGAUUCAGUUCAUUCCAAGCCCUUCGUAGCAGAACCCGCGAGCGUCCUGUUGAAGGUAGGUUGA